CUGCCACGACAGGGCUUGUGUGUGGACGUCACAGUUUUUUUUUUCUCUUUCCUCACCUUCCCCUUUUCGUUUUUUUUUAUUUGUUCCACCAGAGCAUCUCUCUCCUUCUGCUCUCCCUCUUUUCUACACCGCCCACUCCUUCCCAACCAUUGAUCCGACCACUCACCGCCGCCUCGCCGGCUUCUUCGCCUCAUUACAUCGCCCCGCUGCGCUUUUCUGCAUUUUUUAAAGGAAGGAAGACAAAAAAAGAAGCGCUGCACAUUUUGGACCAAAAGAUAACUAAACAACAACAGCAAAAAAGAGAGAAAGAAGCACCACCAUCAUCACCAUGGCGAGCACCGAGGAUAAGGCGGCCAACAAGGAGAACGUGUCCAGCUGGAAGGACUCCAUCUACAACCCGAGGACCGGGGAGCUGCUGGGUCGUACGGCCAGCAGCUGGGCCCUCAUCCUGUUGUUCUACUUGGUUUUCUAUUGUUUCCUGGCCGGUAUGUUUGCCCUGACCAUGUGGGUGAUGCUGCUCACUCUGGACGACUAUGUGCCGAGGUACAGAGACCGCGUUCCCUUCCCAGGGCUGGCAAUUCGUCCAAAUUCACUGGAUAUCGUGUUCAACAAAUCUGACGCGGCGCAGUACAAGACUUACGUCGACCAGCUGGACGCCUUCCUCAAAAGAUAUAACGACACGGAGGAGGAGAAGAACGAGGCCUGCAUUUCUGGGCAGUACUAUGAUCAGGAGAGUGAGACUGAAAAGACAAAGAAAGCUUGUCACUUCAAGAGGGGCUCCCUGAGUCUGUGCUCCGGCCUCUCUGACAACAGCUUUGGAUAUCGUGAUGGAAAACCCUGCGUGCUGCUGAAGAUGAACAGGAUCAUUGGCCUGAAGCCAAUUGGAGAGCCUUAUAUCAACUGCACAGUAAAAAAAGACAACCCAGUUCAAAUGCAAUAUUUCCCCACCGAGGCCCACUUUGAUAAGAUGUAUUUCCCCUACUACGGCAAGAAAGCCCAUGAGAACUACCUGCAGCCCCUGGUGGCCGUGAAGCUGCUGCUCACCAAGGAGGACUACAACAAGGAGCUGUCGGUGGAGUGCAGGGUAGAGGGCUGCAACCUCCGCAACGACGACGAGCGGGACAAGUUCCUGGGCCGCAUCACCUUCAGGAUCAAGGUCAUGGAGUAAAACGCGGAGAUGACCCGCGACACAUAAAAACCAGAUGAGGCUGCCCACGUUUGCUAAGGAUUUAGGUUAAAAAAUAUAUAUCAUAUACAAGGAAGGAAGUGUCAAAUAGGUCACAAAGACGGCAUUUUGAAAUCCGACGGAACGGUUUGGUGCCGACGAGUUUGGCUUCUGGUAGGAGAGCCGGGUAUGCAGUGAUAUCAAAUGUUGCUUUGAUGACAUUUCUGACCCUUCUUUCCUUUAUUAUUCCUUUGCUGACCUCUUCAAAGACCCCAGAACAAAAUGCAGGCUCUGUUCCUGCCCCCCCCCCCCA